GCACACGAGCCGCCCUCUCGCCGUGAGAGCGCCGGGGCUUCCUCCUCUGAGAAGGUAACUCGCCCAGUGAGCAGACAGGUCACUGUGGUUGCGUCGGAGGAAAGUCUGGGAGCGCAGCUGCCGGGCUCCUGGGCUCUGGCCUCCGGCCUCUUCCAGGCAGCAGGCGGUUAACUGGUUAACUCCUCCGAAGCUACUUGAGCUUGACUUCAGGAACUGGGUGGUGGCUGUGACGCCUGUGGCACCGGAGGAGGCCCAUUGGUCCGGGUUCAGGAAGCAGCUCUGAGCUGUCCUGGCCCCGCAGCCCCCAGGUGCUCGCCGCCCCGCCCGGCCCGGCCCGCAGCCCAGGGGAGCCCCGCGCCCCACUUGGCCUCCGCAGGACAAAGCCUCGCGGCCCUCGGGGCCCUGCUGUGGUGGAGAAAGAUGGUCCUGAAGACGGAAGAGGAGGAGGUUCCCAGUGACCUGACCGCAGAGGAGCGCCAGGAGCUGGACAACAUCCGGCGGAGGAAGCAGGAGCUGCUGGCUGACAUUCAGAGGCUGAAGGAUGAGAUAGCAGAGGUGGCUAAUGAGAUUGAAAACCUGGGAUCCACAGAAGAAAGGAAGAACAUGCAGAGGAACAAGCAGGUCGCCAUGGGCAGAAAGAAGUUUAACAUGGACCCGAAAAAGGGGAUCCAGUUCUUAAUAGAGAACGACCUGCUGAAGAACACCUGUGAAGACAUCGCCCAGUUCCUGUAUAAAGGGGAAGGGCUCAACAAGACCGCCAUUGGUGACUACCUGGGCGAGAGAGACGAGUUUAACAUCCAGGUUCUUCAUGCAUUUGUGGAGUUACACGAGUUCACUGACCUUAACCUUGUCCAGGCGUUACGGCAGUUCCUGUGGAGCUUCCGGCUGCCAGGAGAGGCCCAGAAGAUCGACCGGAUGAUGGAGGCGUUCGCCCAGCGGUACUGCCAGUGCAACAGUGGCGUGUUCCAGUGCACAGACACUUGUUACGUCCUCUCAUUUGCCAUCAUCAUGUUGAACACCAGCCUGCACAACCCCAACGUCAAAGACAAGCCCACCGUGGAGAGGUUCAUCGCCAUGAAUCGCGGCAUCAACGACGGAGGAGACCUGCCCGAGGAGCUGCUCCGGAAUCUGUACGAGAGCAUAAAAAACGAACCCUUUAAAAUCCCAGAAGACGACGGGAAUGACCUCACCCACACUUUCUUCAAUCCAGACCGAGAAGGCUGGCUGUUGAAACUCGGUGGCAGGGUCAAGACGUGGAAGAGGCGCUGGUUUAUUCUGACCGACAACUGCCUUUACUACUUUGAAUACACGACGGAUAAGGAGCCCCGGGGGAUUAUCCCGUUAGAGAAUCUGAGUAUCCGGGAGGUGGAAGACUCCAAAAAACCAAACUGCUUCGAGCUUUACAUCCCCGACAACAAAGACCAGGUGAUCAAGGCCUGUAAGACGGAGGCUGACGGGCGGGUGGUGGAGGGGAACCACACCGUGUACCGCAUCUCCGCCCCGACGCCGGAAGAGAAGGAAGAGUGGAUUAAAUGCAUCAAAGCGGCCAUCAGCAGGGACCCUUUCUAUGAGAUGCUGGCGGCGCGGAAGAAGAAGGUGUCCUCCACGAAAAGACACUGAGUCUGCACCGCGAGCGGCCCCGGCGUGUGAGGCGUGCGAGGCCCUGGGCUCUCUCUCCCGCCCCCCACGGCCGGGGGCGGCUGCCGAGCAGGGGUGUCACCGCAGGGCGUCACCCCAAAUCCCUAGAGACUGGCCUCAGCGCUCGCUACGUGUCUUCGAGUGGGAGGAGGGAGGCGUGGCCCUGGGGCCAGGACCGCACGUGUGUCCAGCGCCAGAGCCCCGUGGGCACAGCGGCCUCCUCGCAGGCCUCCCGUGCAGCAGGUCUCAUAGCAGAGCUCGAAGCCAACUGUUUACCUCUUGGUUAUUCCCCUGUGAAGAAGCCUUCAACCCUGCACCGUAAAUACACGUAUCGAUAUAUUAUUAUAUGUUAGAAAAAACAGUGGAACGGAAGAGAAGCCACGUAUUAUAAAGAUAUAUUUUUGUUUUUUAAAAGAAAGAAAAAGAUAAAGUAGAGCCGUUCCGCGGCGUUCGGCCCAGUGUGGCGUGGGGGCCUCUCCUGGGGCGGCGGGUCCCCAAGUGCGGCUGGGGGCAGGCGCUGGCACCGCGAGGGCGACGACCCGGCCAGGACCCCGGGCCCCGUGGCCUGCGUCUUCGGUCUAAGUGCUAGGGGCCGCCGGGGGAGGAGAGGGUCCCGGCCACUCGUCUUCUCUCUCCGAAUCCUUCCUGUUGGGCUUUAAGAUGCAAGGUCAGCGUUUUCCCUUGAGCUAAAUACCAGGAACCAGAACCGUGAGGAAGGGAACCCCAGCGAGGGUCCGGGCUGACCUGCUUCCCACCUGGUGGCCCCCCCCCCGCGCCGCCCCGAGCCUCCGUCCCGUCCUCGUUUUAGAGGAAGGGGGUCUCACCCGAUCACCUUAUGUCUUCGGCUUUCUCUGCCUCAAAACCGGCCCUGCCCUGGGCCACCCCAGGCGCAAUUGGGGGAGGGGGUAGAGGGAAAGGGGCCGGGGCAGGCGGGGGGUGACAGGCUGGCCUCAUGUCCUUUUCUCCCCUAAACCCGAGUCGGCCGCGCGCCUCCUGAGCUGCGUGUAAAGGAGCCACGGAAGGCAGGUGUCCUGCCGUUCUCUCAGGGACCCUCGGGGCCGCUCCCGCCGCUCGUCAUCCCCGCGCCCCCCACGCGGCCGGGGACCGGGCCCGCACACGCUGCCUCGCGGGAGAGGGCGAGGCGCUGGCAGCCGCCUCGGGCUGCGCCACCCAGCUCUGCCGGCGCCGUGAGGACAGGCUGGCAUCUCUGGAAAUCGCUUCUGUUAAAGGGCAUGAAGGGGUUGCCAGGGGGGACUCUCUGGGGACCCCCGCUGCACACAGGUCCUACCCGGGCUCGUGAAGGCAGCGGCUGGGUGUCCAAGUACUGCGGAGAGGCACCCGCGUCAGUAUUCGUCUAUUUAUCAGAGGUGUAAAUAAUCCAUGUAUAGUUUUUCUCCUUUUAGAUUAUUUUGUAUUUGUUUAAAAAAAAAAAGGUUUUGUCAGAAUAUAAAAUAUAAAGAAA